AUGGCGAGAGACCUGAUCGGGCCGGCCCUCCCGCCCGGCUUCAGCGCCCGCGGGACUGCGGAGGACGAGGGGAGAGACCCGAGCCCGGUUGCAGGACCAGCUUUGCCCCCUAACUAUAAAAGCAGCAGUUCCGAUUCAUCAGACAGCGAUGAGGACAGUAGUUCUUUGUACGAAGAAGGAAAUCAAGAGUCAGAAGAUGAGGACACCGGUCCCACCGCACGAAAACAGAGAAGAAACCAGGCCAACAAUGGUGAAGAAGGGUUUUUUGGACCAGCCCUCCCCCCUGGAUUUAGAAAGCAGGAUGAUUCUCCUCCAAGGCCAAUGAUAGGCCCUGCAUUACCACCUGGCUUUAUUAAAUCUGCACAAAAAAGUGAUCCAGGCAGGGAUGACCCAGGACAAGCAUCAUCAUACGUCAACUCUGAGGAAACAGGUAGUAGUGAAGAUGACGAGGACAUUAUUGGACCAAUGCCUGCAAAAGGACCAGUUAACUCGAGCAUAACAGAAGAAUUUGAAAAAAGGGCCCAGAGAAUGAAAGAAAAACUAACUAAAGGAGACGACGAUUCACCUAAAGCAAUUACAAGGGAGUCAUGGAUGACUGAGCUUCCUCCAGAAAUGAAAGAAUUUGGUCUUGGGCCAAGGACUUUCAAGAGACGAGCUGAUGACAAAUCCGGAGAUCGAUCAAUUUGGACAGAUACCCCAGCAGACAGAGAAAGGAAAGCUAAAGAAACACAAGCAGCAAGGAAGUCACUGAGUCAGAAGGAUGAAGACCAUGUGUUGUCAGGAAGGGAUAAGAGGUUGGCUGAGCAGGUAUCCUCAUACAAUGACUCCAAAAGAUCAGAAUCUCUUAUGGACAUACAUCAUAAAAAAUUAAAGAAUAAGGCUGCUGAAGAUAAAAAUAAGCCCCAAGAAAGAAUACCAUUUGACCGUGAUAAGGAUCUCAAGGUUAAUCGGUUUGAUGAAGCUCAGAAAAAAGCUCUGAUAAAAAAAUCUAGAGAACUGAAUACCAGAUUUUCACAUGGUAAAGGCAAUAUGUUUUUAUAA